AAAUGGGCGGGACAUGAUAAGCACACACGCCCCGGGGGUUUUCGGGACUUAACGCCCAAUUUGUCAAGAGACAAACACUAAUUGAUGUUUAAUGAGGCUGUAGUGGAUGUUGUGAUUUGUUUUUGUGGGUGAAGUGAGUGAUUUCCCGAUGUAGGAUGCCACGUAAGCGUCGCUCGCAAGACACAGAUUCUGAAGAUGAACACGACGAUUCGAGACGUCCUCAACGCAACGCUGCCAAUGAACGCGAGAGGGCGCGCAUGCGCGUACUUAGUAAAGCCUUUUGCCGUUUGAAAACCACUUUACCGUGGGUACCAGCGGAUACAAAAUUGUCAAAACUGGACACUUUGCGACUUGCUACUAGUUAUAUUGCUCACCUUAGAGCGAUACUGAUGGAUGAACCAGUCUCCGGUGAUAAUCUCCCAAAACAUCCCCUCACUCUGACAUGGCCCUUUACCUUCCAGAGAUGCCCCGAUUCCACAACAGAUGUAGUCGACGAAAGGGAUCAGCACGUAUGGGCCCAUGAAGGCCCCAUUCAGUCUAUCAUCAGGGAAAAGGACAUAUCUUAUUUCUACUAAUUCUAAUUUAUUUUCUUUUCGUUUAGGAGGAGCAUGUGAGCCGGCAAAACAUGGGCGUCAACGAGGGUUUUAUUAGAAAGGUUUUGAUUUUUUUUAAUAUUAGUUUAAGGUUUAUAGGCGAAGUAACGAAGCACUAAAAAGCCAAAAACCUAGGAAUAUUGUGCAAUACGAUGAAUUGUCAUGCAACUUUUUGCAUUCUAUUCAGGAGAGUGUCACGAGAGAGGAAAUUUUGUGAACUAAAUUAAUCUACGGUAGAUGAAAAUUGCAUUUUGGACAUAAGAAAAAUGCAUUUUAAAAGUGCAUCUCGAAGAGAUGAAAAAUGAAAAAUUAAGAACUCGGGAAAUACUGAAGGAAAUAAGUUCAAUUUUUAUACUCGGGGGGUUUUGGAGGUCGUUUAACACGAAUUUCAUUUCGGCGAUGGUCUCCAUAAGGUACCUGGUGCCCAGGUUGGAACACGUCGCCAGGAGUUUUAUGUUAUAAUCAUUCAAAAUCAGUCAAUAACUAUUACUUAGGGGUUUUGGGUCUACAGAAGAAUUCUACAUGUGUCCUGGACAAAACACAGAACCAACCUGUCACUUCUAGAAGAUUUUCAUAUAAAAGACGGGCUAUUAAAAAAACUAAACAGAGCAAGCCUAAAUUACUUAUAAGACCAUAAGUAAGAUCUCUAACACGAUGGGCAGACCAAAUGAAGGCUUUGGUGGGAAAAUUCCUAACAUAAAGCCGUCCAUCUGGCACAGGAUUGCAGCCAUGGGCGCCCAUACCCAUGUCAGGGGGGCCGUGGCCCCCCUAUCUUUUUGAGUGCCUUAAACUAUAUAUGGUUAUCCAAAGUAUACCAAAUAUAAUGUGCAACAUCUUCACGUUUGGCCCCCCUCCUAAAAAUUGUUAUAUGGGCGCCCGUGAUUGCAGCCAAUG